AUGGCAGAUCCAAAAGUUGAGCAACCUACAUCAGAUGUAGAAAAUAACUACACACCAAGUAACGACCCGAAGAAUAUGCAAGAAGUAACACAAUAUGUGCAAUCUUUGUUACAAAACAUGCAAGAUAAAUUUCAAAGUAUGUCUGACCAAAUUAUUAAUAGAAUAGAUGAAAUGGGUACUCGUGUUGAUGAAUUGGAAAAAAAUAUCACAGAUUUGAUGACACAAGCAGGUGUUGAAAAUGAAAAAUAA